UGCUCCCAAGAAAGGAAUCUAUUUGAUUGGAACCACCUGACCGUCCCACCCAUCUAUACUACUAGACUGUACUAUUACACCAUGCCAUUAUCUGGAAGUUGCUAUAUGACCGAUGAUGAGCGCUGUAGUGCAUUGCAGUAUUUGGGAAUAUGUGUUGCUUUGUUGUGAUUCGUGUGCUGUCUUGUGUACAGAUCUGCCCUUUGAUAGCGCAGCAGCAUUGUACAUUUUGUGCUAAAAACAAAACGCCCAAGUCCGCCGCUCCUUUCGUCCUCCAUGCGCAACACUCCCCCAAAAUCACUUCUAGAAAAGUCCUCACCCUCAAUUCACCAUUGUUCUUAUUUUGUUGGCUGUCAUUAGCGUCCAUUGGUGAAGGGGGGGGAUGGGGAAAAAGGCGGGAAAAAUGCCGCUACUUAUCGCCACCAACAAGAAGAGAUCCGAUUUCGAAUCGGGCUGCCAACCAUUCACAAGGGGGAGAGGAGGAACGGGAGAACAAGAAGACGCGGGGUAAUUACAACGCUUACAUGGAAAGGGGGUGUUUGUUUGUCCAUAAGAAAAACAAAAUGGAGUUGAGAACGAACUUUGUUGUGGGAUAUAGCACGAUAACGAGCGUCCCCAAGUGUGGCGGGCGGACUUUUUUGAUUUCUCUUCGCCAGGGUUAUUGGGGGGAGUAGGAGUGAGAAGAGAAAAGCGUAUGCAAACUGCCAGCGAGCGCGCCCGGAUUUUCCAUCGCUCCUUCCUUCGCUUGAAAACUCAAAAUGGAACUUUACUAUUGAGGAGAUCCGUGGUUUGAUGGUAAAUAAUCAUUUUA